AUGGCUCUAGUUGAUUUGUUCUGCUUCCUAUUUUGUUUCCUUGUACUCAUUCUCUCCGCUGGUUAUGGAAAUGGGCACCAAAAUUGUCCACACUCCUUUACUUGUGGGAAUCUUGGGACUCUCCAUUACCCUUUCACCAAGGCAGAACUACCUGACUGUGGCUUGCUAGCCAUACGUGAUUGUGAUAAUCCUCAUCAACACACAAAAACGAUCCAGCUAGAGAAAAAUGGAAAUAGCAGCAGCAUAGUGGUUAAUGGCAUCACUCAGCAGGGUGAGAUUUCAAUUUUGGAUGAAGAUUUUCACAAGCGUUUACAACAAAAUACUUGUGGAGCGUUGAAGAAUAAUUAUAGUCUUCCAUCCCCUUCUUCUUUGUAUUCUAUUCACAUAGAAUAUAAUGUAACACUAUUCAAAUGCAAACACAGCCUCAAUAUGAAACCCCCAGCACAUUAUUUUAAAUACCAGUGCCAUGAUUAUGAUUAUGAUAUCUAUUAUGACAGCCUUCCCUCUCCUAAUAAUAAGGAGGCGCAUAGCCUUUUCUCAUCCUGCUCAGUUAUUCAGAUAUCAUCAAAAGACUUGACUGAUACCUCAAACAUUCUAUCGUUUCUAUCUGCUGAGAUGACUCUUGAAGUAGUAUUAUCUAAUGAUUGUUACGAGUGCUAUAAUCUCAGAGGUGGCCAAUGUCUACUUGACAGCAAUCAAAAGUUCUACUGUGAAAAAGGAUUCAAGAACUAAUCCAUCAAAGGAGAUUCAUUUAAGCUACUAACAUCUUUCCAUAAACGUUUUUGCCAUAUGCUUGACCACAUGCUUUACGUUACUGGCAUCAUGGCGAUUAGAAUUAGUUUGACUGUCCUAAUUUUCUAGACCAGUGUGAGCCUAACACUCCGUUACUUCACCAAUGGUUAUGACACCCUUUCUUCUGUAAUUCUUAAAUCAUUAAGAAAUAAAUACAAGAGGCUGCGUUAGUAAAUGUUUGACAAAAUAAAAAAAAAGAUUUAAAUAAAUUAUUGGCUUUGAUUUUAAUAACAUCACUCGUCAUGUUUUUCAUUCUCUUUCCCUCUCUCCUUUUACCUCUCUACUUACAAACCCAUUAAAUUAAAUAUUAGUAUUAUUCUAAAGUGACAUCCAGAAAAUAAACCAAUUUGGGUUGGCUAGAGGGGAUAAUUGAUGGUAUGUACCAGAUUAAAAGUAAUCACGAAUUAUUAAUGUAUUAUGGAUAUUGCAUUUGAUUAGCAAAGGCUCUGCGAGAGAACCUUGAUUUAGUUGUUCAUAGGCUUUCUGAAAAAAGAAAAGGUUGUCUAUAGGCUAAAAUAUAUUAAUGCUCUAUUAAUUUUUUGGAAUGUUUUUUUUUAAGACGCUAAAUACACUUUAAGAAAUGCUACUUUGAAUUGAAGUUGUUGCUUUUAAAAUGAAUUUUU